UGAUACAUUAAUCUGAACCCUCAGUGCUGGUGCAACGUUGUUGUCAAUUCACCUUCGCGGUACUGACUCCCCUUAGAUCCCAAAUCUUGCUUUCCUCCAAACUCCCUCGUCUCCUUCGAAAAAAUACGCGCGUACUAGAUACACCAACUGCCAGGAUGCAUACACCUUCGCUCUUCGUUGCCUCUGUGGCUGUAUUUUCUGCAUUAACCAGUGCUGAGCAGCAACAACAACGGCCCAGAUUUUACUUUCCGCGGGCAAUCAGGCGGCCUUCAACUGAAUUCCAAAACACGACGAUUACAACGCCUCCUCCACAAGGCACUGCAAGUGAAACUCCACAAGAUGUCAUCUCAUCGUCUUCAACGAAGCGGUCGUUGUCGGAUAUUUUUGCUAGGCUUUCAUCUUCGUCGGAUGGGGGUGCAGGGACAACGGGCGAUAUCUUGGCCGGCCUUCUAGAUCCGUCAUCACCUACGACUCCUGCUGUAAGGACGGUGGUGAUCUCUCAGACGACAACUGUAGGAAUAGGUGGUCCAACACCCGUUGCGUCUCCAAGUUCGCCUGGUACGGGUUCGAAUAACUUUGGCAUCCUUGGGAGUCAGCCGGACCCAUUGACUUCUGCUUCCUCAGCUGCUUCGAGCGGUGCCGUUCCCGUGGUUGUUAUCCCACCGACUGUUGCAACCCCGGACGGUGUUCUAGCUGCUACAGUUGACCAUCCGUCUUCCUCGACACCUUCCGCCAGUGGGAUUACUUUUGGGCCAGGUGGAAUUUUGACUGGAGGGACCACGACAAGCUCUUCGAGCCCAGAUCCAAGCACACCGACUACGCCUGGUGUAACAUUCUCUGGACCCGGAGGAUCGUCACCCACUGCUGCAGCUUCAAGCUCGACUUCCACCCCGGAGUCUUCGACCCCAGCCGGAAUUUUACCUCUCAGCAACAUCCUGUCAGGCGUUCAGGACCCGACGAACCCAACCCCAACUCCAACUCCAACCCCUACUCCCACGCCUACGCCUACACCUACGCCCACGCCCUCACCAGACGUAACACCAGCUGACCCGGCUUCGCCAUCCUCUCCUGCUGCAGCAACAACCACCCCCCAUGCGCUCCAAGUACCCCCGUUGUGGUCCCGACUCCCACAUCGCCGCCAGUUAUCACGCCUUCCCCAACUGAUAUCUCGAGUCCUACGUCUCCACCGGUUGUGAUAACUCCUACCCUGUCGUUCAACACGACUGCAACCCCUCCAAGUCCACCGACCACAUCGUCGGAGAUCGUUACAACACCUACGAUAAGCGCAACCCCGCCGUCUUUGCCGACAUCUUCGCCAGUUGUAUCGCUGAAUGGAACGACAACAACUCCAGUCUCACCACUUAAUUCCACCGUGGCAACCCCAUCAAG